AUGCAAGCUCAAGUCAAUUUUAAUCAAAUCAAGUCAUCAAUCUUUGUUCCUUUGGAUAAGAAGAAAUCUGAUCAACAUUGUUCUCUCCUUUUCAGCAAUCUAAUUGGUACUGCUUUACAAUUCAGAGACAACAAGUACACAUACUGUGGAUCAUAUGAUCUUUCACAGUGGUUGGUUCUCUGCUUUAAUACUAUGGUCAAACAAGAUGAGAAGUUAUUUGCAGAUAUUGUUAUCCCAUUGGUAGCAUAUAUUUCGAUUGUUGACGAUGCAUGUGAUGAGAAGAUUACAGACAUCUCUAUUGAAGAGAUGAAAUCACAUUGCAUGAUAUUUAGAGGUGAAUCUGUACAAGCAACAAACCCAGCUCACAAGAUGGGAAAACUCGUCUAUAAUUUGAUCAAAGACAGUAGAUUCGAUGGAAUUAGAGGAAAGAUUUUAGAAUUCUUGACCGUUGGAACCAAUCUCAUAGAGAAGGCAAAGAAUGAAUGCGAAAAUAAUGGACUUGUCUCUGAAGAAACCUUGCUUGCCUUUUUGAAAGAAAGAAGAGUCGACUCAAUGUCCUCUCUUUUCUUUACUAUUAAUAAUUUCUUUAAUGACAUUCCAGAGAUCGAUACAUGCGAUCACGUCAUUGAAUAUAACCACUUGGCAUGUGACAUUAUCAGUUUGUUCAAUGAUGUUGCCUCAAUCGCUAAAGAUGCCAAGAAGGUUGUUAACAAUUAUAUCAUUUUGAAUAAGGGCUUGAAAGAGGGCAUGUCAUACAGCCAACUUAAACAACUCCCAGUUGAAGCCUUUGAUUCAUCCCUCAAUGAAGUAUUGGAAUUAAUCAAAGAGAAAUUGCAACAAAUGGAAACAAUCAAAUCCUCCAACCCAGACAACUCCAAACAAUUUGAAUCCAUCGAUGAAGUGAUGAAAGGAUAUUGUACUUGGUGCAUCAUUUCAAAGAGAUUCCAACAUUCUAACCACCUCCUUCCUGAAUACCAUUCCAAAAAAUCAGUACUCAAGGCAAUGAUUGAAACUGUGUUAAUGCCAUUCCUCAAACCUUGGUCUGAUAAUGAUAUGCUCACCUAUCUUGAUGAUAUUGAAAAUUCCAUGAAGAAAUCCUCCUUUUCAAGCAUAUUGGACUCAUUUGCCUACUCUAUCGGAAAAUUUUGCUCUUUUUCAAUCACUAAUUAA